UUGUAUAUUGACGACACGAAAAGUAUUAAAGAACUUAUUCCUCUGUAAUUAUCUCAUUGGAACGUGUAUAUGCAUAAAUAAUGCCAUAUAGUGUUAAUUAAUAUCCUUAUUUGCAACGCAUGAGAUUGUCUGCUUGAUACGGAGAAAUUAUUCAAAAGAUUUAUUCUGUCUCGUGUCUAUCUAUAUAUGCAUGUUAAUAUUGCAAUGACUAACCAAUUUAGGCAUUACUUCAAAUACGUUAGAAUCACUAAUGAUGUCAUUGUUAUUAGAACUCGUUGAAUCAAUGACGACCUUUAAGUACAUAUGUAUAUCGUUUUGUCUUUAUUGUGAUAACACAUAAUAACUUAAAAUGUCAACCAAAUGUGAUCAAGAUUACGUGAAUCUAUGAUCGAACAUAACGAUUUCAGUCGUGUUAAUCGUACUCGUGCCUCCGUUGGUAAACUCGUUGGUAAACAUAAUUUCAUGUAUACAUAGUUCCGAUGGCCUCGUUAAACAAUAACACGUAAUAAAUAUUCGAAUGAAUCAUUUGGAAUACGUAGGCGCCAUAGAAUCUGAGCAGAUUAUAUUACUUCGUAAGAUUAUCUAAAAGAUUGAGAUACAGUCUCACGUAUCCAUGACAAGUGACGAUUAUUAAGAAAUAAUGAUAUAAGGCAAUCGAACCUCUUCAGUUAGAUAUUGUAUUCUUUGUAAAUUAUUUCGUAAUUUAUAGUAGAAAUAUUCAUAUGGUAACGUAAGUAGGUCUAUCUCAUACGUCGUUUGUGCUCGUAGUAGCACGCAAAGAGUUUCUCUCUUAAAAUAGUUUAUGUUGCGAAGAAUCUGUCAAAAAACUGUGACAGCAUGGAACGUAUUUGUAAUCAUUGAGAUUGUUAAUACCGGAAACAGUUGACGAACCUUUUAUCAAUAAUACCAUUAUGUCGGGAUUAAAGGCUGAUAGUAAUAAGGAUGAUGAUUUGAAGAGACAAGGUUCGUUUAGGAAAUUAUUACCUUUGAAUACGAAUGGAGAUUCUCAACUGAGUAUGUCUGUAAAAAUGAUCGAUAGGCCAACCGUUUCGCAAACAAAUAAAGAGUAUGCAGUUCAUUUGCAAGAGUACAACAUUUUAUCCGAAUACAAUAUGUUGUGUUCGCAAGACCUGAAAGGCAUUUAUGUCAUACCAUCUGCACAAAACUCCAUGUUGUGGUUUGGGGUACAAUUUGUUCGACAAGGAAUCUAUCAAGGAGGUGUCUUCAGAUUUACUAUUACCUUACCGCCAAAUUUUCCAGAUGCAGGAUGCCCUAAAGUCAUAUUUCAAACUCCAGUUUUUCACCCCUUAAUUAAUCCUGAAUCUGGAGAGCUCUGCACAUCAUGGGGAUUUCCAGAAUGGAGAAAAAGCAAUAGAGUUUGGCAACUAAUACAAUUUAUUACAAAAAUACUCACUAAAGUAGAUAUUAAAAUGAAUCCCAUAAACCAGGAAGCAUCUAUGUUAUUAGAAACCAACUUUGAAGAAUUUCGAGAUCGCGUAAAGAACUGUGUGAGAGAAAGUUUAAACAAAGUUUACAGUCCACCUAUGGUAGAUGAUCCUCAUUACAUAGCUUUUGGUCCAUAUAUCAGUGAGCUUCAUGACUCCAUUAAACGAGAAAUUUAUGAACCUAAGGAGGAGGAAGAAAACAAAGCACUGGGGUUAUCAUGGGUACAGCCAGGUUCUGUACAACCAUUCUCAAAGCCUGAAGCAAGAUAAUAACAAACUGUAUUAUAUGAAAUGCAAUAAUGAAACUUCGUAUGUCCUUAUAAAAUAAAAGAACUGUACAAUUUACGGAUGCAGGGACAAAACUCAAUGUAUUUUUGUAUUAGGACAAAUUAAGGAAUUGUAUAUUAAUCUAUAUAACAUCUAUAAUACUCUUGUAUUUAAUUAAGUGGAAAAUAUAAUAAUUAAUUUAUUA